AUGUCCGGCUCGCACCCGCUCAUGGCGCCCGUAUACCUUCCCGGCUCGGAGCCCUACCCGCCCGGAACGACCGAGGAGGAAAAGGACGGAUACCGCCAGAUGGUCAAGUGGAACAAGUACGGCGGCUACGCCAUGGAGUCGUGUGCCCUCAAGGUCGUCCUGGCCGGUGGUGCUGGUUUUGCGUUUGGUGGUUUCCUCUCGCUCAUGUCGGCGACGUUUGCGUACGAGGACCCGCUCUCGCGCGCGUCGGAAAAGCUCACGGGCACCCGCGCCCAGGCCGCGUACAUGUUCAAGGAGAUGGGCCGCAACAUGUGGUCGCAGGGUAAAGGCUUUGCCAAGGUCGGCAUGCUCUACUCGGGUGUCGAGUGCUGCAUUGAGGGGUACCGCGCAAAGAACGACCACUGGAACGGCCUGUCGGCCGGUUUCGUCUCGGGCGCCAUCCUCGCGCGCAACGCCGGCCCCAUGGCCAUGCUCGGCGGUGGUGCCGCGUUCGCAGCCUUCUCGGCCGCCAUCGACAUGUACCUCCGCCGCGAGCCCGCCGACGACGACUAG